AUGACAACUUGCAUGAGCGAUAAGCAAACUUCUGAAAAUGCAGUGGAUUAUAAAGCCACGCUAAACCUACCAGGUACUGAAUUUGCAAUGAAAGCAAAUCUCGCAGUACGUGAAGCAAAAUGGUUAGAAGAGUGGUAUGCCGACAACAUUUAUCAGCAGAUUCGUGCUUCGCGUAUUGGCAAGAAAAAAUAUAUUCUGCAUGACGGUCCUCCAUAUGCAAAUGGUUCAUUGCAUUUAGGUCAUGUCGUCAAUAAAGUUUUAAAAGACAUUAUUGUUAAAAGUCGCACUUUAGAUGAUUUUGACGCACCUUAUGUUCCAGGUUGGGACUGUCAUGGUCUACCAAUCGAGCUCAAAGUCGAAGAAAAAAUCGGUAAAGUUGGCGUAAAAGUUGACGCAUCGACUUUCCGUAAAGCCUGCCGUGAAUAUGCAUAUACCCAAGUCGAAUUACAGAAAAAAGACUUUGUUCGUAUGGGCGUGUUUGGAGAUUGGGAUAAUCCAUAUCUCACCAUGAACUUCAAACAAGAAGCAGAUAUUGUUCGCGCGCUCGGUGAAAUUGCCAAAGCAGGCCAUAUCGAACCUGGUCUAAAACCAGUGAACUGGUGUAUGGAUUGUGGAUCAUCACUUGCUGAAGCAGAAGUGGAAUAUGAAGAUAAAAAAUCUGAUGCAAUUGAUGUGGGUUUCGGUGUUGUAGAUCUUGCUGAUUUGUCUGCAAAAGUUGGUGUCAGCGUUAGUAAUCCAACAGAUAUCGUGAUUUGGACAACGACACCGUGGACAUUACCCGCGAACCAAGCAGUUGCCUUACAUGCAGAUAUUGCCUAUCAAUUGGUGGAAGUUCAGUCUGAGCGUGGCACACAAAACUUAAUCUUAGCCAAAGAUUUAGUUGAAUCUGCAUGUGAACGUUACAAACUUGAACAACCAAAAGUAUUGGCUGACUUUGUUGGUGCGACGCUCGAAAACUUACAAUUACAACAUCCAUUGAUUGUAGAUCGUCAAGUACCUGUAAUUUUAGGUGAACAUGUCAUCGCAACCAGUGGUACAGGUGCUGUGCAUACUGCACCUGGACAUGGUGUGGACGAUUAUAAAGUUGGCUUAAUCUAUAACUUAAAAGUAGAAAACCCUGUAAGUGGUAAUGGUGUAUAUUUACCGACUGCGCCUCUUUUUGCAGGCGAGCACAUUUAUAAAGCCAAUCCAAAAAUUAUUGAAGCAUUAACAGAUGCUGGCAAACUCUGGGCGCAUCUGCCAAUUAAGCACAGUUACCCACAUUGCUGGCGUCAUAAAACACCAAUCAUCUUCCGUGCAACCCCACAGUGGUUUAUCAGCAUGGAUGCGAAUGGGUUACGCCAAGAUGCUUUAAAUGCGAUUGAAAAUGACAUCGACUUUGUCCCUGAUUGGGGUAAAAACCGUAUCAAGUCAAUGAUUGAAGGCCGCCCAGACUGGUGUAUCUCUCGUCAACGGACUUGGGGUGUGCCGAUUCCAUUCUUUGUACAUAAAGACACCAAUGAAUUGCAUCCUCGUACCGCAGAGCUCAUUGAAGAUGUGGCGAAGCUCAUCGAAAAAGAAGGCAUUGAUGGUUGGUAUAACCGUGAAGCCAAAGCAUUUAUCGGUGAUGAUGCUGAACAGUACAAUGCUGUUCGUGACACACUCGAUGUAUGGUUUGACUCAGGUACAACGCACUAUGCAGUAUUGCGUGAACGUGCAGAACUGCAAGAUCCUGCUGAUUUAUAUCUUGAAGGUUCUGACCAACAUCGUGGUUGGUUCCAGUCUUCAUUGCUCACGUCGAUUGCGAUCCAUAAACGCGCACCUUAUAAAGCCCUGCUUACGCAUGGUUUUACCGUGGAUGAAAAAGGUCGUAAAUUAUCAAAAUCAUUGGGUAACUUUAUCCCACUUGAAGACAUCAUCAAGCAGUUAGGUGCUGAUGGUUUACGUUUAUAUGUUGCAUCAAGCGAUUAUCGUUAUGAAAUUGCCGCAAGUAACGAAAUCUUUAGCCGUGUAAGUGACAGCUAUCGUCGUAUUCGUAAUACUUUACGUUUCUUAUUGGCAAACUUGAACGGCUUUAAACCAUCAACAGAUGCGUUACCUGUAGACCAAUUGAUUGCAUUGGAUCAAUACAUCUUACAACGUGCAGCAGAUGUACAGAAAACCAUUCAACAAGCUUAUGAAGAUAUGAACUUCCAUGUCGUCACCAAUGCUUUGACCAGUUUCUGUAUCAAUGAUUUGGGUGGUUUCUAUUUAGACAUCAUCAAAGACCGCCAAUACACCACUAAAGCUGAUUCAACAGCACGUCAUUCUGCUCAAACCGCGUUGUAUCAUUUGGUUCAAGCCUUUGUUCGUUGGAUGAGCCCUAUCUUGAGCUUUACAGCACAAGAAGCGUGGCCAUUGAUUCCAGAGCAAACUGAAAAAUAUGUAUUUACAGCGCAUUGGUAUGAUAUUCCAGUGGCAUCAAGCACCAACUUGAUCUCUGAAGCAGAUUGGCAAACCUUAAUUGAAGUCAAAUCUGCGGUUAAUAAACAGAUUGAGACAGCGCGUAAUGCGAAAUUAGUCGGUAGUAACCUGUCUGCUAAAGUUGAACUUUGGGCAAAUACAGACCUACAAAACGUCUUGAAGCAAUUGGGCGAUGAGCUUCGUUUUCAAUUGUUUAUGACUACGCUGAGCAAGGUGAAGCAACAGAGCUUGAAGGCCUACGUGUUAAAGUUUCUGCUGCUGAAGGCGAAAAAUGUGCACGUUGCUGGCAUGUCCUUCCAGAUGUGA